UUCACCUCAAAAAACACACACAACACACACUCGAAACAGUCCUUUCGCACCUCCUCCCUCCUCUUCUCUCGCGUUAUAGCUUCGAUUGGAUUGGAUUCAAUCGAAGACCGCUAUCAAUGCUGACCGGGCGAGAAAGUUUGAAAAGAUUGAUUGGCAAACGGCGUCGUUUUCUACCCAAUCGCCAUUCCAUCAUCUCCUCCGCUCUCCCUUCGCCUGAGAGCACAUUGAAUUUGUGGAAGAAAGAAGAGGUUGAUGAUGAAACCAGCUCGGGUGAUGAUAAAAAUGGUGCUCCGGAGCUGGUUAGUUGUCCGAUUUGCGGCGUCGAAGUUCCUGGAGACAAUGACGUCAUCAACUUUCACUUAGAUGCAUGUCUUGCUAGAGGGACUGAACCUUGUGAUGCUAUCGUCAGCAAUUCUCGUUUAGAUGCAUGCAUUGUUAGAGGAACUAAGCGGAAAUUAAGUCAGCGUACCCUUUUUCAGUUGAACUUUUGCUCAAGAUCCAAAGUCAAAGUUCAUUCUGUUGUGUUGGAUUCUGCUGAAGUUGCUGAUGUUGCUGAGAGUGAUUCAAUUAAUGGUAUUAGAUGGUACAGACAUCAUGGAUAUGAUGACACAGAAUGUUUUGAAAAAUGCAGUAGCAAUCAAGUGGAAUGGCCAUUGGAGUCAGUUGCUACUGGAAACAAUGAUGUAGCAGGUUAUGCAGAUAAGCCAGUUAAUGAUGAAGUAAUCGAGAAUGAUGUUGAUUCUCCUUCACUGCCUUCUGAAGGGAAGGUGUCUGAAAAAGAUAGGCAGGAACCCAUGGAGGAUGAUGAACUAUCAGAGUUGUCUCUUCAAACAUUCAUUGUUGGCAGAAAGUUUGCUGAUCAAACAGAGUUAACUCUUCAGACAAAGAUGAUCCUCUCAAGAGACCCUGAGAAUCCCAAAGAUCCAAAUGCUAUUAAGGUCGUUUCUGCAGAUCGUGGGUGUAAUAAUGUGAUCGGUUUUCUACCACGCAAGUUGGCUGAGCAUCUAUCUCCCCUAAUAGACAAGUUCCACCUAUAUUUUGAGGGUCAUGUGACUUCUGUUCCACAGCAUGCACUUGCUGUUGUCCCUAUUCAAAUUUUCUGUCAAAAUAAGUCAGUACUUGAUGGAAAAGAUUGUGACAGUUGGAAACUUUUCAAGUCCUUGUGGAGACAUGCUGUGUAUGCUGUUGAUUCUGCGAAGACUCGUCCUCCAGGCAUGACAGGAUAUCAGCAGAACCUUGUUCUAAUGAUACAAGAGGUUUUAAAGAGCCAUUCACAUCUUUUGACUGAUGGAGAAAAGACUUUCCUUGAACGCUUGACCUUGCUUUCGGAUGACAGUCAGAGGCUCUUUGCUCGGCUUUAUACAAGAAAAGGACCAUGGUUUAGGAUGUCCAAUAUCUCAUACACCGAGAUACUUGACUGUGAAGGGGCUAUCAAAGAACUUUCUGAAGCAGGCUUCCUAUGUUCCAUUGAAUCAGACAAUAAUGUCCAAGAAGAUGACUUAAAGGAGAUCUUGAAUGUACUGAACGUUGGUGAGCUGCGGGAACUGGUCAAUAGUGUCAUCGACGAGAAUUUUACGCGGACGUAUUGGAAGAGACAUAAAAAGUGCACUCCUGUUAUGAAAAAACAAGAUUUGAUUAGUUCACUUCUAUCUUCAUACAAGGACAAUAUCUGCUCCAACCUCCUGAGUUUGAUUUUACUAAAAACUGCAGUCUGUGUUCGAGUAACUGCAUCAGCUGAGUCUCUUAUUUGGCGAGCUGAGCGGCUAUUCUUCUUGAAUGGGGAGCAGGACUUAUCGUCAUUUUUACUUGUUGAUUUAGGAAUUAUUAAGUAUCCAACUUACAACUGUAUAUUGUCAGACCAUAUUUUUAGAUAUAGAAACGAACUGCUUUCUUAUGAGGAGGCAAUUGAGGUUGCACAAAUUAUGGAUGAAUCUCUGGAUUUAAAUAAUUCUGAGUUGGUUUCAAGGUGCAUAGAGGUUUCUGACCACCGCAUCUUCAAUCCUGUACAAGCAGUCCAAUCAUCAACUGCUGGAUCAAUAGAUACAUUUUUGUCAUGUUUUUCAGCUUCAUGGGUCUACUCUAAGGUGGUCUUGUUAGGUGUUUCAUUCCUUGAGCGUGAGCUGAGGUAUAUUGAAGCUAUCAAGCUACUAAAGCGCCUUCUGGUUAAUUUCAUUUCUGACAGAAGAAGGGGAUACUGGACACUGAGGCUAUCAGUUGACCUGGAACAUGUGGGACGUAUAAAUGAGAGUCUUCAAGUUGCUGAGGAUGGGUUACUUGAUCCCUGGGUUCGUGCUGGUUCAAGAUUGGCCUUACAAAGGCGGGUUCUACGACUGGGAAGGCCACCUAGGCGCUGGAGAACUCCUAGUUAUUCACAAUCUGUUAAAAGGAAGAUAACUGAGGUUCAUAUUCAAGGUAGACCAUUAAACAGUAAGACAGGAAUGAGGAGUAUAUUUUAUGGUGAAGAUGGAGAGCAAUGUGGAGUGGAAGAACUUGCUUUGCAGUAUUACACUGGAGAAGGAGGUGCAUGGAUGGGUGUCCAUACAGAGAGUGGCAUUUGGUUGACUAUUUUUGGGCUUUUGAUGUGGGAUAUUAUGUUUGCUGAUGUGCCAAAUGCCUUUUGCACCAAGUUUCAGACAGCUCCCUUAGAUCUGGAGACAGAUAGCUUUUAUGCAGCCAGAAAGAGCCUUAUAGAGGGAGUUCUGGGAAAGAUUAAUGAUGGCAUGGCAGAAGAAAUUCUUAUCACGUCAUGGGAGUUACAUGCAGGAACAGCCUGCAGGGGAGUGAACUGGGAAAAGCAUUCCUUGGCUGAGCUUCGUGCUGCUGUCACAUGCAUUGGGGGUCCUUGUCUUGCAUCAAUUUGCAGGCAUUUGGCUCAAGAUUAUCGGAGCUGGUCGAGUGGAAUGCCUGAUCUCUUGCUUUGGCGUUUUCAUGACAAUUAUAAAGGUGAAGCAAAGCUUGUUGAAGUAAAAGGCCCAAGGGACAGACUUUCUGAACAGCAGCGUGCAUGGCUGCUGUUUCUGAUGGACUGCGGCUUCAACGUUGAAGUGUGCAAAGUAACUGCUCCAGUCGUGAAGUAAAAUGUGUUCUUAUCACAGCGUAUUCCAUCAUACCAAAAUAUUUGUGCAACAUGUCAUCCUGCUCAGAGAGCUGUACGCCUGUUGAUCUUCAGAGGGAUAUUGCACUUAUCCCACGACUACAGCUGGAGAUGUAAAGAUUUAGUUCAACAUACGAUGAAGGGGUUGGCUCUCUGAACAAAUGCUAAGCCUACUUUUGGAGCUGUGCCUGUAAUUGCACUGCAAUGUUCAGAGACUUCUUCCCUCUAGGGUUGCUGAGAAGUCAUCCAGUUGUAACGGUAAAAAGUUAUUGCUUCAUCUCUUUUUAUUUUCUUCUUCCCAACCAAUCGUUGUUUUGCUGGUAACUAUUGUUUGACCGGCAUUUCACACAAGUGGUGCUCUUCCACCCUCCCUAUAACUUCUGAAGAAACUUCUCCAGUUUAUUGGAGCCACCUCAAUAAAUUACUACAAAGAUAGAAAGAAAAUGAAUUGUAAUUGUACCUUCAACUUGAAUUCUGUCACAUUGAAGCCAUACCGUGUAGUGAAGUCAUCUACAUUCUGUGCUGGUCUCUUGUAUAGAGUUGGCUUCUAAAUUCAUUAGC